GUUUCGUCCUAGUAUGGGACUCCUCAGCAGUAAGCACCCACUACCACCAGACUAGGACGAAAUAGCUGUCCAAUUCUCUCAGGUUUUCAAAGGUUCAGUUCGUGAUGAAUACUACCUCUAAAUUAAAGUCCCCAUUUAUCCCAAAAAUACAUUAUAGUACUUGUGUUUAACGCAAUUUACGCUAUUCUUACAAUACUUUCAAUUUUCAAUCAUAGAUUAUGGCCACUAACUCCUUAUCUGUAGAGGAUAACAAAACCAUUACAGUAUCAUCCCCUCCCUUAGAUCUUACCAAUGAGGAUCAAAUGAUUACGAACUUUGGUUCCAGGGAUGCAGCUGAAUCUGGAUGCCUCAAAAAGACUAGUAAAGAAGAUCCUUUACUAAAUGAAAACAAUUGCUGCUGUUCAGAUGGAAGUAACAAAGAACCCGAAACGUUUUCAACAUCGUUCGCAAAUAGUAAAAAUACUCCUUUGUGUAUAGAUAUAUCAGCAUCUGAAUUGAACAUAAUCCCAUCUGCAGAUCAGUCAAUCUCACACUGGCGAAGACUGAAAAAGCGUUCAUCAGACUUAACUACUGCACAAACUAAGAAUUCAAGCACUUCGAGUACUCCUGGAUUUCAGAUUACUUCAAUCAUUACAACUGCUAUGAACUGUGAAGCCAAUUCCAUCCUUACAACGUCUACACGCACUAACAAUGCUUGCCAUACUACUGGUUAUGACAAUGCAGAGAUGUCUAAUUCUGGUCUAGAAUUAAAAAGUAGUUGCAUGUAUUCAAAAUUCUCAUCUUCAACUUCUUCCAUUGUUCCGUUGGCCAGUAGUUCUCGAUUGGUAAAUCCAGAAAAGUUUGGUCCAACAAACCCAAAGUGGAUAUCAUCCAGUUCUACUGGGACUCCUAUUGCAUCUGCAUUAACAACAGCAAUGAAUAUGCAGCAAAGAUUCAAGAAAGUAAGACAGUUUUGUUGCAUGGCUAGAAUAAACUGUUAUACAAUAAGAUUUUCUGUAAAUUAA